AUGGCAAUUGUGUUUAAUACAGUAGAAGAGUACGUAAACACCAACAAUGAAACUCUUGACAAACGGACUGAAGAUUUGGAUAGAAUGAAAGAAGAAGCGGGUAAAAGAAAAGAUGAUGGUAGGAAGUUAAUGGAUUCAUUAGCUGAGCUCCUUCAAAUGGACGCUUCUUCGGAAAUACAGCAUCUCGCAAAAAUAGUCGAAGAAAAUUUGAAAAACAUUGAGAAUCUGCAAAAGCAAAAUGAGGACCUGCGAAAGAACGAUGAUGAAAAAACAAAGCAAAUUGAGGGCAUGCAAAAGGAAAUUGAGGGCCGCAAAAGGAAAUUAGGGAAAAAGACAAACAAAUCGAGAACUUGGAAAAGAAAAUUGAGAACCUGCGAAAGAACGUUGAUGGAAAAACAAAGCAAAUUGAGGACCUGCAAGAGACAAAUAUCGAGAUGA